CGGCAAAGUGACCUAAGUCAGAGGUUUAAUAAAAUAUUGAGGAAGGAUGGAUGCGCGCACUCCUCACUGCUCAGUGCACCGGUCCGGGCUCCGCUGUCGAUCGGUUCCAUUCAACUGCUUAUUGAGUCUUGACUGGUCUUGACCAAUUGCGACUUCAACGAAACCCUCUUCUUCACGCCUAGAGCUCUACCAACGAAUUUCUUAUUUUACUAUAUAGACUCACGAAAUGGCUUUGAUUGAGGUUAUUGCAAAUGAUCGUUUGGGCCGCAAAGUCCGCGUAAAAUGUAGUCCGGACGAUACGGUGGGCGAUCUCAAGAAGCUCAUCGCCGCUCAGAUUGGCACCGAUUACCGCAAGAUCCAGUUGAAGAAAUGGUAUACAAUUUACAAGGAUCACAUCACACUCGCCGAUUAUGAGAUUCACGAUGGGAUGAGUCUUGAGAUGUACUAGGUCCCUUUUGUCUGGAUCCGCUUCAAGUUCCUAGGACAUUCUUUACAGUCGAUGUUGGAUCGCAAUUACCUGCAAGUGUACGAUAGCCCUGUUGUAGCAAUUAAGAAUUUUGUUUUGUUGUGUCAGCAGAGCAGC